AUGUUCAGCGCGUUUGCGGAAAAUGGAUGUGUAGUAGAAGCCAAAUAUCUGUUUGAAAGUGGUACAAAUCAUGAUUUGGUGUCGUGGACUGCUUUUAUGACCGCAUUUGCCCUUAAUGGGCAUUUUUGUCGUUGCGGGUCCUUGUUCUUGCGUAUGCCCGAAAGGGACGUGGUUGCAUGGACCACACUGCUUGCAGCUUACGCACAGAACGGCAGGUCCGACGAGGCACUAUACGUUUUCCACUCCAUGAACGCCAUGGACGUGUCCGUGGAUGGAUGCUUUGGCUGUGCGCUCGUGGCAUGCAGCCACGUUGGCAGCGUCUACGCGGCAAGAUCUUGCUUCGUGUCGAUAGAGAUGGACUUCCAUGUACAGCCCGUGAAGCUCCACUUUCGGUGCAUGAUCGAUGUCUUGGGGAGAGCCGGGUAUUUGCAUUCUGCCCAGGAGCUGCUCAAAACCAUGCCCUUCGAGCCCGAGACUGUGGACUGGAAGUGCCUCUUGGGGGCAUGUAGGAGCUACAGAUCCUCCGUUGAGUUUGGGAAUUUCGUUGCCAAGAAUGUCAUUGACAAGGAUCCGAGAGGAGCUACUGGUUAUGUCCUUGCAGCCAACAUGAUGGUCUCCUAG